GUCAGCCAUGCCAUUUGCACCACUUUGCCAUGAAGCGCCUGGUGGGCAAAGUGGACGAGGACGCUGCGUGCAUUUGUGCGCUUCCGAGAGUUUGCUGAGCUCUCACCAUCGCCUUCACCCGUCUGAUGGCAUGUUCUCUAUCUUCUGACCUCCAACACCAUCUCGCCUGGCUCUGUCUUGUCCCUUGUCAUUUUGUGUCUUGCCGUCGUUGCCCUGCCUGCUUGCUGACAGUUUCCCGUAGCGUCAUCCGCUCUACCGCUCGCUGGGCUCUGUACAGGUCCGAUCGUGUGCGACAGAGAGUGAGACGUCUCCUCCCACUUCUCGUGGCGGCAAAGGCAUAACCGCCCGACGUCGGGCAGCGGCAGCCAGCAGCCAGCACGUCUCCUUGUCUUUGCUGUGCUUACUUGAAUUCCACCGGCUCGCAAAAACGCACGCACGCACGCACACGCACACAUAUACAAAUACACGCACGCACACACAUUCGAAUACUCUAACAACAUCCACCCCAGAAGAAGAAAAAAGAAGGAAAAAGCCACCACCGGCUUCAGCCUGCUGCUGAUUGAGCUUCUGUCAAACGCCCGGACCUUCCGCCGAACGCCAGACUCGCCUGUAAUGAUCUCGCCCGUUGGCUGUCCCCACCAGAUCCGACUUUCCUGCUUUCCUCGAGGUCCGGCCGUGAGGGACGUCGCUUCAUGACUGGCCCGCGACGACCGAGUGCAGCGCGAUCUUCACUUCGCCUUUCCCGACCAAGCCCACUAUCGUCUGCGCUCGCCGGCCUGCGCCACACUUUUCACCACCAGCCAGCACGAGGACGUCACUCCCGUCGCGCCCCCGGCCCCAGAGAAAAAGUACGUCGUCGUCGCUUUGCCGCAAGAAACGAGUCCGCCAGAUACGACGCCCAAACAAGAACCCGCUGCCUUGCUCCGCGCGUUUUUUUCCUGACCCGUCCCUUUGAUAAGUAAAAGCAAUCCUGCCAUUCCUUCUCCUCUCUUGCUGCUACACACUCUCUUCCUCAUCCUCUGCGAGCAUGGGCGACCCUUCGGACCCCUCAGCGUCACCAGAAGUUGCUGUGCAGAACAACAUGGAGCCGUCGCCCACAACCGCAGACGCGCCCGCAAUCGCCCCACCAACUCUCUCUCCUCGCUCUGCCUCGGCAGCUGCUAACAUAACGACCUCGUCGACGCCGCUCGGCAACAUCAACGCCGCCCGCAGACCGCCUCCCGCCGCUGCCGGCUUUCAAAAACGAGGCAGUGGCUUGAACAUGAACGCCGACCUUGCUGCCCGCAUGAAGGCCUUCCACCUUGGUAGGCAAGGUGCGCCAGCCAAUAGACCCUCCCCCAUCUCGAGCCUUUCAGACAAUGCCGCCCAGUCAGCAACCCGCGACUUCGCACCAGGCGCCUCGCCAUCGCCAGCGGGGUCUACCGGUGCGACUCUGACGCCAACUGGUGCCCAGAUGGCGAUGCCGGGUGGCAUUCCCGCUGGAUUCAAGUUGCCCAAUGGUGCGCCGCCGCAGCUCAAGAAUAUACACUCUGCACCUGCUGCGGCAGGAGCAUUCAAGAAACCCUCGCUGGCUGAGAAGAGAGGCAUGGCCUUACCCGGUGGGUUACCUGGGUCGGCACAUGCCAAUGGGACCGGCUCCUCGCAGGCAGGUGGCGCUUCGAGACCCAGCAAGAAAAAACCCGGCCUGACGCUGUCGCAAAUCACAGGUGAGCAGCCGAACAAGGAUGGUUCAAGCGUGGGCGGCACCGCGCUGGACAAAUACGCUCAGUACCUGGACGCAAAGACCGGAACGCUGCGAUUCGCGGGCAAAGCGGUUCUUAGCUCUCAUGGCGUUGAGUUCGCCUCCGGUUCGAGCUUUAGCAUAUCAUUGGAUGAGGUCGAUACGCUCGACGAGCUGGGCAAGGGCAAUUACGGUACCGUCUACAAGGUCAGGCACUCGCGGCCGAAGAUACGACGGCCGGGCCUAGGUUUGGCUGGAAACAAGCUGCGUCACAACGAGCAGCCUGUUUCUCCGACGCGGAAGUCGGCAGACGAUAAGGACGACAGUUCGCCCACCCUGCCGCCCCCCUCGGCUGGCACAACUGGCGUCAUCAUGGCUAUGAAGGAAAUGCGACUCGAGCUGGACGAUGCCAAGUUCGCGUCCAUCGUUAUGGAGCUUGAUAUUCUGCACCGGUGUGUCUCGCCCUACAUUGUGGACUUUUACGGCGCCUUUUUCCAGGAGGGUGCCGUGUACGUGUGCAUGGAGUUCAUGGACGGCGGCUCCAUUGACAAACUCUACGGCAAUGGCGUGCCUGAAAAUGUUCUUCGCAAGAUCACGUACUCUACCGUUCAGGGUCUUCGCUUCCUCAAAGACGAACUAAACAUCAUACAUCGCGACGUCAAGCCGACAAACAUUCUCAUCAACACGAAGGGCCAGGUCAAGAUUUGCGACUUUGGCGUCUCCGGCAACCUGGUCGCCUCGUUUGCCAAGACGAACAUUGGUUGCCAAAGUUAUAUGGCGCCGGAGCGCAUUUCUACCGGUGCGGCUGACGCAGUCACGAACCCAGGAGGCGGCACCUACAGCGUUCAGAGCGACAUCUGGUCGUUAGGCCUAACGAUCAUUGAGUGUGCGCUAGGGCGGUACCCAUACCCCCCGGAAACUUAUAACAACAUCUUUUCUCAGCUCUCGGCAAUUGUCAACGGUGACCCUCCAGACUUGCCAGAGGAAGGCUUUUCUGACGCUGCGCGUAACUUCGUACACGGUUGUCUCAACAAGAUACCUAAGCUUCGUCCGACCUACGCCAUGCUGCUUCAGCACGCUUGGCUCGCGCCCUUAUCGAAACCCGCGGCUAUUCUAGAAGAAGACGAGGAGGAGGAAGAGGAGAAGAAGGAGGAAGUGGAUAAAACUGAAGGAGACUCAUCGCCAACGGCAUUAAGGGAGGAGCCGGAGAACGUAGAUAGCAGACUGCCGGCUGACGUUGUGGACCCAGAGGUCGGGCUCUGGGUCAUCGAAACACUUGAGGCAAAGCGGGCCGGGAAGCUGGCGAGGGCGGACAAACCGGCGCUACAUGCAGCGCCCUUAGACGCAGUUGCCAGCACCAGUCCUGCGAUCGAGAAGAAAAACGGCGAUGCGGUCGGCGUCUCAUGAAGAGGAUUGCAACCCGACAAGUGGUCGGUGACUAAAAAAAAAAUCGCCAGGGCGUUCUUGUGGCUACUGCGACAUCUUCUGUCCAGUCCCGGGCAUUCGAUGCGGCAUCAUGCUUUUGGGUCUCGUUCAGUAUAUAUAUAUUUUGCGCGGUGAAGUAGGUGAAGUAGGGAAGAGGAGAUGAACAGCACAGCGAGCUAGCUGGCGGGCUGGCUAGCCGCAUUCAUAUGUACCUACACAUAUGUUCCUUCCUGGAACAAGGACAUCUGCUUGGGCCGGAUCUAGCUUCGGCACAUUUCACGCACGUGUAUGGUGUUUGGGAAGAGCCAUGGCUGUCUCUCGUUUAGAGAGAUGUCUUGUAAAUGAAACAAGGGAGAGCGAAAUCGCGUGGGAAGAGCGACACACACACGCACACGGAGAGAGAGAGAGAGAGAGAGAGAGAGAGAGAGAGAGAGAGAGAGAGAGAGAGAGACAAGGUAGAAGUCAUGGAGAAUAUGAAAGACGGACGACGAGGAGAGGGCCUUGACAGUGUCUUUUUUUUUUGUCUAUUUCUAAACAAAAUGCAACGAUUUUGAUCAUGA